AAUUAAAAAAAAAAUUAAUAUACAGCAAAAAAUAGUGUGCUUUUAAAGGACAUGAUCUAUUGUUUAUCAUAGAUUUCAAACGUGCCUAUUGUUAAUAAUGUGCCAAUCAUGAGUAAUUUUAGCUUCGAUUUGGAUGGAACCACUGAUGAGGACUUUUUUGGAGCACUUAAAAAUCCCUCAUCAAAAUUACAAAAGUUAUUUGCUGACGAUGCAUCUCAGGAUGAAACAGAACACUCCUUAAAAUACAAACGGCCCAAGGCCAAUGAUUUGAACAUGACACCCAAAGCUGAAACAACAGCGCCAACAAGCGCUGCUGGUAGUCAUCCACCGCCAGCUCCUCUCAUGGCAAAAGUGGUUACAGCAUAUCUCCAGGGCAUGUUACAGGGUAAAGUGGGUUUAGCGUUAACUACGAAUGUAGUGGACAAUCUUAUCCUUUAUAAAUCCAAAAACCAAGUUUUGGUAACACUAUUGCUUGAGAAAGAUUUCCAAGUGUUAUUUAAACAGAAUAAAUAUUGGCAAUUUUAUGAUGACCAACAGCAGUAUUGGAGUUUUAGCUUUGAAAAUGAUACUGAUGAAGAUGAUUUCCGCCAAAAUGUAUUGAAGAUGGGCCAUAAGUUCAAAGAAAACGAAGAACAAGCUAUUGACAAGCAGGAGAUUCGAGAUAUUGCCGGUAUUACGAACAGUAACCAAGACAGCAAGGAAGAAGAAAGUAAAAUAGAUUUACCAAAAAUCCCUGCAAAACAAGAGUCCAAAGAAAAUAAGAACGCUCUAAUACAACGUAUGGCCCGAAUGGGACAACCAUUGCCAAAACUUUCUAAUAAUCCCACACAAACCACAACAGAGUUUAGCGAUUCAUCAGAUACAGAAGUCAUAAAUAUGCCUUUACCGGCCAAACCAGUAAUUGCUCCCAGAAAUAAAGUGGCUACUUUGAAAAACAACCACCAAAUAUGCAAUACAUUCAACUCUUCAAUGUAUCCCUCCAGUGCCAUGGAGGCCCAAUAUAUGCAAAUGUUGUUAACCGAACAAAGAACGCAGGGAUCGGAACUACGCAUAAAUGUCUCCAAGCUAGAAACUAAAAUAGAAAAAGUGCUGGAUAAACUGGAUUUAAUGGAUAGAUCAACAACAGGAGGAGAUUCGAAAGAAAAACGUCAUAAGGAUGAUGAAAUUUUGGAGUUGGAAGAAAAGAUUUUAAAUCUCAAGAAAGAGAACAGAAAGCUUAAACAAUUGUCCGAGCAAAGAAACGAGCAAGAAUCUUAUGAACAAAAAUCAAAGGAAAUUCUACUAGAAUUUCAAGAUGAUUUGGAAGAACUGAAUAUGGGCAAUUUGAAAAAUCUAAAGGCUGUAGUUAGCAACUCCUUGGAUAAUAUAAAAGAUACACAAAACAAAUAUAAGGAUUUGCAAAGAAAAUGGCAAGAGAAUGAGGACAGGAUAAGAGAUAAACAAAAAAUAAUUGAAUCAGCAAAUGCCGAACAUGAAAUAAAGCUGAAACAACUAAAGGAUCAAAAUCAGAAAUUAAAAGAUAGCAAUGAUGAAAUGGGCAAACUUGUAGCAAACCAUGAACAAACUAUAGAAAAUCUUAAGAAAGAUUUUGAAAAUGAAAGUAAAAAUAAGCAAAAUGCUACUGAUGCGUUAGUAAAAUCCAUAAUGAAUAACCUAUAUGGCGAUAUAUGCAAUAAACUAGAAGCCACAAAUCUGGAAAACCAGGAUGUAAUUUUAAACAUUGUGGCCUCAUGUAUAAAACAGCAGACCCUAAAGAGUUUACAGAAGUCUUAAAAGAGAGUUUGAAAAGAAAAUGUUUCAUUAAAAAAUCAAUUAUUUUGAAACCCUGGAAGCAAGAGAUAUGGAAAUUUCUCCACAUUCCCAAAACGAUAAAUGAAGACAACCUUUUGUUAUGGAGAAAAAAAAUCAAAAUAAUAUUUAUUUAAUGUUCAUAGUUCACAAAUAUUAGUGUGUGUGUAUAUAUAUAUAUAUAUAUUCCUUGAUAUUUAUGGUCAUUUCCACCAAAAUGUAAUUUCAUUAUUAUUGUGUGGUCAAUUGUCCACAUGUAAAUUAUUAUUAAAACAUAAUAGAAUUAUCUUUCUUGUGUCAUUAGAUUAUCGUCAACACUUUCAACCUUAUGUUUUUGUUCAUAUAUUUUUGUUUAUUUGGUUGCACAUAAACCACGUCCCAUUUAGUCUUUAAAUUAAGAGAUAUUUAAGGACAAUAAAUCUAUUUUAUAAGUACAACUUUAAUAUAAUUCUUUAUCUUCUUCUUUUAAAUCUCUUUUUUUCGAAAAUCGUAGUAUUUUCUACUUUAAUGUCGUUUAUCGGUGGCAAAUAAUUCUAUGACUAUAUUUUUUAGGGUUAAUGGUCUUGUUCAUAUUUAUCUUUAUACGAAAGAAUCUAUAGAUCUGAUUAAAGCAGUAAGUUACAGUUCUUUAGGGCUAUACCUUUCAUUAAGUUUUUGUAAAUCGGUUUAUAAAUGUGUGUGUGUGUGUACGUAUAUAAUGUUCUGCUGUAAGAUUCUUUUUAAUUUCAAUUCAUAAAUUCGAUUUCGUCUCUUUAUGAAAUCAAAGUUUAGAACAAAUUAAAAACAAAAGAAAAAACGGUGGCUUCUCUAGACCUAUGGAUAAAGAACACUUAAAUCAA